AUGAUAUUGAAAAACUCUAACGAAAUCCAACACGGCUCAUUCUUCACGAAGGUAAUGCCAUCGAAUCAGAUCAAACAGUCCAUCAAAGACAUAGUUCCCUCAUAUGCCGGCGAAAAUUUGAGCAAACUUUCAACAUACAUUGAUUCGUUAUACAAUUUAAGCUUGCGCAAGAGCAGCAAUUUGCCAAACAAUUCAGAAAUUGGCCGCUAUCACUUGUGCACAUUUGUGAUAGUCGAGAAGUUUCAGACGAUAUUCAACCUACCGACGCCAGAUGUAACAAGAAUACCAAUACAGCCCCAGGUUGCUUUACGGUUGUUGACGGAAUUUCGUGAAUUGGUAAACCAAAUGUCAGCAGCUAGCACACCCACAUCGAGUCCAAAGAAACGAAACUUAAGCCCCUUGAAAGACCCAACGCCGAGUAAGCUGGAUAUGAGACAAUCCGGUUCCCCAUUGAAAAAGUUGAAAGCUGCAGCUACCGAAGGCGACGGGUCUAGCAUGGAGCAAAAAAACAGCCCUGCAUCUAAAGGGAGUAACUCUCCCUUCGUGAGUAAAGCAGAUACGCCAAGUAAGAAAAAAUACAGAUACGAUUUCAAGGUCGUACUGCUUAGUGAAUUCAUUACAUUUUGCAACACCUUUUACAUUCCAAGCAAGUACACAACACGGAUGUUGUCAACUUUUUAUUUGCAUAAGCACAAGUUUGCAAAAAAAACAGACUGGUCCUUGGCUUGUGGAAUAAUUUACACUGCAUACAUUCGAAUAAAUCAUAAAUUACUACAUGAAAAGGUAGGAGCAAAGUCUGAGUUUAUGAAUUUGCUUUUGCAGUAUCAAAAAGGUGCGUUACUGAAGGCGUCUCUACAGUCCUGGUGUACCUUGGUUGAGGAAUGGAUUAGGGAGGAGUCAUGGGUACAGGAUCUUGAGAAGCAAUACAUGUAUGGUAGUGAGGUGUUGAUGGAGAGUAUGUUGAAUAAGGAGUACAGGGGCAUGAUAGGCGAAGGCUGGGAUUUGAUGGAACGAUUUGGCGCUAUGAUUCAUGGAGAGGUAAUGUAUCAAUCAGACACUCAAAAUGAAUACUUUACAACAUGGUCGAAAAAAGUCAUUGGAGAUUUAUAG